GUCCAUAAAGUCAAGUUAAUCACGUCAUUCUGAGUUUUCAUUUUAUUAACAUAAUAAAGUUCAGCAUUUCAGUCCUAAUCAACGACUCUAGGAUCCAUAUUAGACUAUAAGUGCCUUUUAUUAUUCAAUUAUGAUAAUGAUGGUUUUGGACCAAAAUAAUUCCCCGGAUUAUAAUAAGAAUAAUAACUGUUUCGAAAGAAUAAAUCUCAUAUGUAUUAAAUAAAACGUCAAAAUUAAGUUAGUAAAAGUAUUCAAUAAAUUGAUUAUUGUUUAGAUUCGAUGUGCGCUCACGCGCUCUGCUCACACACGUGACUUCAGGUGUGCGUGCAUAUGAGCAUUCAAAUGUUAGUUGCUAUAGCGACGCGUGUUAUGAAUUCUGUCUGCAUAUAUACACACUGGAACCGGAUCGCAUAUGUUGAUGAUUGAGAGGCGAAGCGAUUUCAGAGACUUUUGCAUUUCUUGAGAUUGUGAAGCUGUUCGGAGGAUUGCUGAGAGGAGACUUUUAUUCUAGAAGGAGAGCGGAGGAGAUUUCUUUUACAUAGUUUUAUUUAUUUCAAAAGACUUGAUAUUAUUUCUGAGGACACUUUUAUUUUAUUGUUCUUUUUAUUGUAGGAGUUUCAUUUAAUUAUUUUAUUUUAGCUUUUUUUUUUUUUUUUUUGGAGGAUUAUUCCUGAUUUCAUUCUUUUUAUAUAUAUAUUGUAUUUUGUAAGUUAUUGUUUUUAUUGCCGUUUGGAAGAGGAUGUCGACGUCUCACGGCGGUGAAAGAGGAGCCUCAGGCCGCUCCAGAUCCAGGAGAGCUGCUUCCUCUCAGACGGCUGGUCAGGAGGUUUGGAGACCUGGUUCUGAUGACCGCGUUCAGGAUCCGCUGCCAGACCCGACCCAGACACUGAGCCAGGAGGUAUCUGGAUAUUCAACACCUCUGCCGUCAGAGUUUUCUGUUUUUGUGUCCACAGGUCAGGAUCACGGGAGGAGGAAGUGGCAGAGCGGCAGCCAGCAGAGCCCAGAUGAUGGACGUCCGUCCACUCCAUUUAAAAGACUUGAUAAACGCUCUCACAGAGCCUCCGGCCGCUCCGGAUCCACUCAGACAGAUUCUUCACCGGACGUCAUGUCCGCAUCAUGUCUGUCCCUCUCUGAGGACAAUGUAGAGAGGCGCUCAUGCAGAGAGUUGUUGAGCCUCAGCAGCAGAGGCUCGUACAGCGUCAUAUGGAGGUGGAGUGGUGAUGGAUCAGAUCGCCCAAACCAACAGGGCAACCGGCGUUUGUCCAGGUCCGACAGCCUCGAGGAGUGGAUGUGCCCUCCGCUGCCGGGUCAAGUUCCUGUCGGGCCGCCAGAGACUUCAAAUGGCCGAACUGCUCGGGGUGCCGUGGAGGAGGCUUCUCCUGUGAACAAGAGCUCAACAGAAAAACCUAAACCAAAACGUCGGAAGAGGAAAGGAUUUGGUUCUUUCUUCCGGAGGCUGUGGAAGGCUAUGAAGAGUCCUUUCGGCUGCUGUUUCCACAGUAGUGCUGUGGAUGUUGUGGAGCCUUUUGUCCUUCCAGCAGAUCUGGAGUCAGAGCCUGAUCCUGAACCGUCACCUGCUCCAGAUCGCUCCGCCGUCAAGACAAAUAACGAGCCCUUUGAGUCUCUCUACAACGCGGGAGAGAUGAUUGGAUCUGGAGGAUUUGGCAGGGUGUACGAAGGAACACGCAAAUUUGACGCCAAAAAGGUUGCCAUCAAACGGAUUCGCAAGACUGACAACAACUGUUACCUUGAUAUCCCUGGGCAUCCCGAACCUCUCGUUACAGAAGUGGCGCUGCUGCUGAUGAUGAGGCGAGAACCCAUCAGCCCCUACAUCAUACAACUAUACGAGUGGUUUGAACAUCCUCGAAAAUUCACUCUGGUCAUGGAGUUCCCUGAACCCUGCGAGAGCUUGCUGGACUUCAUCGUUCGUCAUCCUCAACUGGACGAAACAACAGCACGGGUCAUCAUGCCACAGGCCGUGCUGGCAGUACAACACUGCAUCGAGCACGGUGUUUUUCAUAAUGACGUCCAUGCGCAGAACUUCCUGUUGAAGAAAAACACGUUGGAGCUCAAGCUGAUAGACUUUGGCUGCGGUCAGCUGUUUAGCAGCGAUGGCUACGAGAGGGACCUAUACCGUGGAGUGCUGUAUUACUGCCCACCUGAAGCCUUGACAGACCCUCGAUUCCAUGCCGUCCCAGCGAAUGUCUGGUCUCUAGGAGUGUUGCUCUAUGAGAUGGUGAACGCAUGCUCUCCUUUUCAGGACAGAGUGGAAAUCACACGAGCCGAAGUCACAUUUCAGAACUCCAGCUUAUCCAAAGAAUGCAGAGAUCUGAUUAGCCAGUGCCUAACCCGGGAUCCCACUAAACGGCCGACGACAGAGCAGAUGUUACAACACAAAUGGAUUAGAAAUGAUGUAGAUUGGAGAGGUUCAGGAGAUUCACUCGAUCAGUGAUUACAGGAAAUAACAGACUUGCUGUCCUCGGUGGAGGGCUCCAACUCGAGACUCGACUGAAGCCUGAAGUCCAACCCCAACCUGACAGGAACUCAGAGCCGCCGCACCAGAGACUCAGAGCCUGUCCACGUCUGAGAAGAACUUGAGAGACGACGAGACUGGAGAGAAUCAUCAAGUCAUCACAGACACAUUUACUUUGUUUUUAAACGUCAAGACGAGUCAUGUUUAUUUAUAUAGUUCUUUAUGUAUGACCCAAUCUGUUUAUGACUGUUUAUGUAUAUAUGUAUAUAAAAUUUCUAUAUGACCCCUUUGAAUAAAUGUUUUUAGUUGCAUAAAUGCUACAUGGCUGCAAACUUGAGUGCAUUGUAGAGCCUGUCUAAAACACAACCCUACUCUAAAUGAGACUAUAAAUGGACAAUCAUAAUAAUAAUAAUAAUUUGGUGCACUAUCCACUAUUCAUGUAUUAGAAAGAUUUAGGUCAAUCUUGAAGCUUAUAGGAAUAGUUACCUAAAAACACAAAGUUCUGUCAUGAAACUCUAGAUGGCUGAUUGGUCCUGAAGUCAGUCUUCUAGCAAUCACAUCAUUCUCUUUAGGGCACAGCUGAUUGGUUCCUGCUCUAUCAGUAGCCAAUGAGUUCGCUUGCUCAACCUUCUAGUGCUUUGAUAGCAUUUGCUGUAGUUGCGGCGCGCUUUGAGAAACCCUCCACCUUCCCCAGCUCCACCUGUAUAGAUCUGCUAUGGGUAAUUCAUGAAUGCAAUACUGAAUGUCUGUUUAUUUCCUGAACUUGCUUUCCAGCAGCAAUAACAGCAGCAGCAGAUCUAUUCCACCAAGACCAAACAUAUCAACAUUGUCAUAUAUCCAUUACCAUGAAAAACACACUGAAAGUUGUCGUGACAGAAAUUUUAUCAUCUAGAAAAAAUCCAUCUAUUAUUGUCAAACUGAACUUAAAGGUGCUCUAAGCGAUCCUGGGUGGAGUAACUUCCUGUUGACGUUCCAAGUGUUAUCAAACAAAAGAGAGGCUAGCUAGACCCUCCCUCCUCCUCCUCCUCCUCCUCCUCCUCCCCUCCGUGCUUCCUGAAACAGUCAUGAACGCGCAUUUAAAAUCAUUCUUGUCGGUUAUUGGCUGGAGCAUGUUUAUUAUGUUUUGUGGUCCAGGCUGUACCAGUUUGUUUUUUCAUGUGCCAUCAACAUGUGUGCAGUAGAGGGUUAAGUAUAUUGUACUUGCUAUUAUACAGUGUGUAAAUAUGUAUAUGAUUUCUGAAGGAUCAUGUGGCACUGAAGACUGGCUGAUGAAAAUUCACAUUUGCAUCACAGAAACAAAUUAUACUUGAAAAUAUAUUAAAAUAAAAAAAUAUUAUUUAAAAUUGUA